UGACAGCUGGAGAAUGGAGUCAGUUUUAUCCAAGUGUGAAAACCAGAUUACCAUUUUUACUGACUACUUAGAAGAGUUUCCAGAUACAGAUGAAUUGGUAUGGAUCUUGGGGAAACAGCAUCUUCUUAAAACAGAAAAACCUAAGCUGUUGUCUGAUAUAAGUGCUCGACUAUGGUUUACAUACAGAAAGAAAUUUUCACCCAUUGGGGGGACAGGCCCUUCAUCGGAUGCCGGCUGGGGAUGCAUGCUACGUUGUGGACAAAUGAUGCUGGCUCAAGCCCUAAUAUGUAGACAUUUGGGAAGGGACUGGCACUGGGAGAAACAAAAAGAACAACCGAAAGAAUACCAACGGAUCUUACAAUGCUUCUUAGAUAGAAAGGACUGUUGCUACUCUAUCCAUCAAAUGGCUCAAAUGGGCGUAGGAGAAGGGAAAUCAAUUGGUGAAUGGUUUGGACCAAAUACAGUUGCACAGGUGUUAAAAAAACUUGCUUUAUUUGAUGAGUGGAAUUCCCUGGCCGUUUAUGUGUCAAUGGACAACACAGUGGUCAUUGAGGAUAUCAAAAAAAUGUGCUGUGCAUUUCCCUUGAGAGUUCACCCAGCCAGAGUGAGUCCCCCUAACUCUUUGAAUGCUUCAAACCAGAGUCAGGAUACCUCGGCCUGCUGCCCAGUCUGGAAGCCCCUGCUGCUCAUUGUGCCCCUUCGCCUGGGCAUAAACCAAAUCAAUCCUGUCUAUGUUGACGCCUUCAAAGAGUGUUUUAAGAUGCCACAAUCUUUAGGGGCAUUAGGAGGAAAACCAAAUAACGCCUAUUAUUUCAUAGGAUUCCUAGGGGAUGAACUCAUUUUCUUGGAUCCUCACACAACCCAGACCUUUGUGGACACGGAAGAGAAUGGGAUGGUUGAUGAUCAAACUUUCCAUUGCCUGCAAUCCCCACAGCGAAUGAACAUCCUGAAUUUGGAUCCUUCUGUUGCGUUGGGAUUUUUCUGCAAAGAAGAAAAAGACUUUGAUAGCUGGUGUAACCUUGUUCAAAAGGAAAUUCUAAAGGAAAAUUUAAGGAUGUUUGAAUUAGUUCAGAAACAUCCAGCACACUGGCCUCCCUUUGUUCCUCCAGCCAAGCCAGAAGUGACAACCACUGGGGCAGAAUUUAUUGAUUCUACUGAACAAUUAGAGGACUUUGACUUGGAAGAAGAUUUUGAGAUUCUGAGUGUAUAGAAUAGUGAGCUCCACCUAGAUAUCUGUCUUCCAUCUGGCAUCAGAAGCACAUAAACUCAUUACAAAAUGAAUCUUUUUCUAGUCAACAAGUGCCUGAUAUUUCAACAACAAACAAACUUGAUAACAAUCACAUCUGAGCCAAUGAUCAUUCAUCAAAAACAGUGCUUCCCUCGAAAGAACUAGAACAAUCAUAGAAGCUAGGAACAGAAGAAUCAGGAGUCGACUCUUGCUGUUCAGUUUGUUCUGACAUGGCCACAUCGCAUCUUCAACUACCAAAAUAAGACAUUGGUCACCUGGAAGACAGACAGCAACUCCCACCUUGCUUCAAGCACCAGCAGAUGAAGGAUGGUUUUCUUGUGCUUCUUCACCCUUUCAAGUGUGACCUCUUUUGGGCUAAAUACUAAGAAGUGUUGUGGAUUAUUUUGCACUAAUAAUAAAGUGAUUAUAUCUUGUUAAA